UGUGUCAAAAAAAAAAUGCUCAUAUUGAAAAAGACGCAGACAAAAACUUUUCGUUCGAUUCGGUACCUCAACGGUACCUAAAACUUUUCGUCGAAGCAUUUGAAGUGAAUAAAAGUAAAAAUGCGCAACGUAGAAAUAAAAGCUAGAAUAACUGAUUACGAUAAGAUAUGUAAUGUUGCCGAGGACUUGAGCGGAGGACCGGCAACUGUUAUUAUACAAGACGACACUUUCUACCACGUGAAUUCAGGCCGAUUAAAGAUGAGAUUCUAUGGAGACUCGUCGGCGACACUGGUGCGAUAUGACAGAGAAGACACCCCGGAGGCCAAGCAGUCUGAUUAUGAUCUAGUACAGUUUUCAGUCCGUGACUCUGAAAAGGCUAGGGAUUUAGACAACAUCCUAAGGAAAUGUUUGGGGGCUAAGGGACGUGUUGUGAAGGAAAGGAAAUUAUAUAUGGUUGGCCAAACUAGAAUACACAUAGAUGCAGUUCAGGACCUUGGCCACUUCAUGGAAUUAGAAGUUGUCUUGAGACCAGAACAGACUGUUGAAGAAGGACGUGCUAUAGCACGGGAUUUGCAGAUCAAAUUAGGGAUCAAGAAUGAAGACUUGAUUGACUGUGCAUAUGUUGACUUGUUAGGCCAAAAAAUUAAGAGCAAUUAGAUUAAGAAUUCCAUUUUUUAUUAAAUGUUUUUAUUUUUUUA